AUGGCACCAGGAGAUUCAAUCACUGGGGCGAGGCUUUUCAUGGCGCGCUGCAACCAAUGCCACACCAUCAGCGCAGGCGGGAUACACAAGGCCGGACCGAACCUGCACGGCGUCUUCGGUCGUCAAGCCGGCACGCAACCCUUUUAUUUCUACUCUCAGGCACACACAAAUAGGAAUGUGGUCUGGACGGAGGAGAACCUGAACAAGUAUCUCGAGAACCCCAAGGCAUUUGUACCGGGAACCAAGAAAUCGUUUCCGGGUCUCAAGAACCCCCAGGACCGGAAGGAUGUCAUUGCCUUCCUUAAGGAGGCUCGUUAG